AUGUACAUCUUGAACAAAAAUUUACCAGCAAAGGAUAUAGCUGGAUGGUGGAAGCCUUUCACUCUUAACCAGAGGUUUGGAGAACUUUUGGCUGCAAGAUCUGCAAAGCUAGCUGCGUUGCUGAAAGAGAAUCCUGAAGAUGACCUUUCUCAUUUGCUAGGAGAAAUUCCCACUGAUUCUAAAACUUUUGAGCUGGUAGCAAGGUUCUGCUAUGGCUUUGACAUAAACCUAUCACCUGAAAAUGUUAUUAAAGUCCUUUGCCUUGCUCACUAUCUUGGAAUGUCCGAGAUUCACAGCACCAACAACCUCGCGAAGAAGGCUUGUUUCUAUUUUCAAAAUAAUAUCCUUCCUAGCUGGAACAUGUGCAUUAAAGCCCUCAAAUCUGCAGAAACCAUUCUUCAACAAGCCGCGGAUCUUUCCCUGGUUGAUGCCUGUGCAGAGUCCAUUAUCACCAAAGUACUGCAUGAUCCAGGUCUUCUUGGAGAACCCAUUAGGAAUGUAACAACAACGGAUGAUGACAGUGAGAACGAUGAAAAUCCCUAUAAGCCAAAUGUGAGGAGGAGGCUCUUUGUUCUUGACUGGAAAUCAGAGGACGUGACGCUACUUUCCAUUGCUCUCUACGAGCCUAUUAUUCGUGCAAUGGUUCAUCGGAAAGUACCACUGGAAUACGUGGUAUCAUCUCUGUUUCAAUAUCUCAAUAAAUGGGUUUUUCCGAGCACUAAAGGAGAAGAUGAUCCAUCAACUUAUGAGAUGAAUUCUCAGAGAGAAAUCAUUGAGGCGGUGGAGAGAGUGUUGCCUCAAGAAAAGGGGCUGAUCCCUUGUUCUUUGCUCUCUCAAAUGCUGCAAUCCGCAAUAAUCUUGGAAGCUAAUACUGACUGCAAAAGUGGAUUGGAAAUUAGAAUAGGAAAGCAACUAGACCAGGCAACUGUCAAGGACCUCUUAAUACCUGCACAAGGAUAUGCUAAAGAAGAACAGUAUGACACUGAAAGUGUGAAAAGGAUAUUGAAGAAUUUCUACAGCAAUUACUCAAGCACGGAUACAUCUGGCCUAAUUGUGGUGGCAGAACUUGUUGAUGAUUUCUUAGCUGAGGUUGCUAGUGACAUAGAUUUGAAGUUGAACACGUUCUUAGAACUAGCAGAGUUAUCACAAGCAGCAUCAGGUGGAACUAAUAGAAAUUCUGAUGGAAUGUAUAGAGCAAUUGAUAUAUACUUAGACAAGCACAGAUAUCUAACUGACUGGGAAAGGGAGGAAGUUUGCAGGGUGUUGGAGUGCAGCAAAAUGUCGCCUGAAGCCUGUGAGCAUGCUUCACAGAACGAAAAGCUACCAGUUCGAGUAAUGGUACAGAUUUUAUUUUCUGUGCAGUUGAAGUUGAAGGAUACUGUGGCUAAGAGGAUUCAAAGGGGUUCUGAUAACCGAUUGUUGAAGCUGAACGAAGAUGAGGAAGAUGCAAGCGGGAAUAGCAGCAGUGAAGAGGAAAUAUUGAAAGCAGAGAUGGAAAAGAUGGGAAGCAAGGUGAUGGAUCUGGAGAAAGAAUGUGAUAUGAUGAGAAGGGAAAUUCAGAGAGGUAGUUACCAGCAUAAGAUUCAAAAGGGGAAAACAAGCAUGUGGAAAGAAAUGAAGAGGAAGCUUGGUUGCAUGACAAGCAUGCAUGAGACAAAUUGCCACGUGAAAAAGAAAAAAGUGCAUCCAAGAUAG